AUGAAUCCGAGGAACAGGCCGGCGAUCGAGCCACCCAUAUGUGACCAGACUAGCGAUUACGCUGCCAUCAACAGCCAACAUGACAAGAAAACCGACGAGCGGCCUCUUGUGCACGACUUCCAGACGGGCAUGGCAAUUGCACCUGUGCUUAUGAUGAUCGGUGAAGCCAUGGUGGUCAGAGCAAUACUGGGAUGGCAACCAAGAACGGUGAUCAAUGUUGCCGUAAAAGGUAAGGAAUUUAGGAUGCUUUGGUCUAGAGCACCCGGUGACUCCAACUGGAGCGACCGAAGGGUCAGUCAUGUGAGUGACGGGCAUAUCAGUGUGCCAAGUAGGAAGCAGAGAAGCUCUUUUGAGAGAAAGCAGCAGGGUGUCCUAGAGCGAGUGGAACUCUGCUGCCAAUAUUCUCAGCUCGAGAAGAUGAUCGGGGUUCUGGAUUUACGUCGUGCGAGCAAAAUUUCGAGUAAGAUAGCACUCAAAAUGGGGGACUCGCUCAGCGCAGUGACCAUCACGUUCUUAGAAGAUCUGAACUUCGGGAUCGCGAGCCUGAGCUCGAAGUCAGUCGGACAUUUACGCAAUGAACUCAGCGUUCUCAACUUCUUGAUCCACGAAGAUCGUCCACAGCCCGGAUCACCCAGCGACUCCACCAGGUCGCUCGCAAAUUCGACGGAAUACUCUCUCAGACGAUGUAUGAUCACAUCUAUAUCCGCGACCCACGUCACGGUCAUCAUGAGAAACGCGCAACACGGAUCGAAUAUAUCCGGCCACAGAUUUGUGGGAUCGCUUUUGGGUCCUAUACAUGUGAAUAGUUGA